CUUUGGAGGUUAUGUGUUACUUUGAGAGACUAGGGCAUAAAACGGAUGAAAUGCAAAAAUGACAGAAAACUAGUUUUUCAGGCAUGGUGCGCAUAGGGUCUGCCCCAAAGGGAACAGAAGAAAACUUGCGUGAUGGGCAAUCAAGACUUGGAGGAUGUAUUCGUUGCUGUAAUUCGCCCAAAGAGUACAGUCAGUCUGACCUCCAAAGAGUACCGUGCGAAAGCUUAUGAGAUCCUUUUGGUGGAGGUUCCUUUGGAAGGAAAAGAAAAGAAAAGGAAGAAAGUUCUUCUUGGGACCAAAAUACAUGCUGACAGCGAUAGAACCAGAUCUAUUUUGGAAUAUGUUGAUGAAACGACCAAGCCCAUAUCAAAUAACCAAGGUCUAAUUGGGAAACGGGUAGUGCACAUGAAGAAGUUCCCUUUGGAUGGCGAGAAUGAGGGAAAAGAGGCUUCUCUAUUUAUUGUGCCAAUAAAUGUCAAAGACAAUAGCAAACCCACCUAUCACCCUGGGAGUCCCAGUUUCUACUGCUUUCACGACAUCAUGCGUGUGUGCAGUGAAACCAGCACCCACUUUUCCUCCAUUACCUCAAAGAUGCUCCUCGCCUUAGACAAGUGGCUCGCCGAACAGCACACGGUGCCGCACGCCAUUCCCGCUCUUUUCCGCCCCGCCCCCGUCGACAGGGUCAAAACCAACGUCAAUAACCCCGCCUACGCCACAGAGAGCAAGCAAACCGACGUCUCCCCGCGUAUGGCUUACACCGCCCUGGAAAUCAAGAGCAAGAUGAUGUCAUUAGAGAAGGCCGACAUGUAUAUUAAGAAUCCCCUAUAUGGCACUGACCUGCAGUAUACCAACAGAGUUGACAAGGUCAUCAUUAAUCCUUAUUUUGGCCUGGGAGCUCCAGAUUAUUCCAAAAUCCAGAUUCCAAAGAGGGAGAAGUGGCAACACAGCAUGAGCAGUGUGACGGAAGACAAAGAGCACCAGUGGGUCGAUGACUUCCCUCUGCAUCGCAGUGCAUGUGAAGGGGACACGGAGCUCAUUUCCAAACUGCUGGACAGUGGCUUUUCCGUCAAACAGCUCGACAGCGACCACUGGGCCCCCAUUCACUACGCCUGCUGGUAUGGAAAAGUGGAGGCUACCAAGCUGCUGCUGGAGAAGGGAAACUGCAACCCCAACCUGCUGAACGGACAGCUCAGCUCGCCCCUGCAUUUUGCAGCAGGUGGAGGCCAUUCAGAGAUUGUCCAGCUUCUUCUGCAACACCCAGAGAUAGACCGACACAUUGAGGAUCAGCAGAAAAGGUCACCCCUUCAAGUCUGUGAGGAGAACAAACAGAACAACUGGGAGGAAACCAUUAAACUUCUCCAGCAAGCCAACAACAAACCGUACGAGAAGGUGCGGAUCUAUCGUAUGGACGGCUCGUAUCGCUCGGUGGAGCUGAAACACGGCAACAACACGACGGUGCAGCAGAUCAUGGAGGGCAUGCGUCUCUCUCAGGAGACCCAGCAGUACUUCACCAUCUGGAUCUGCUCCGAGAACCUCAGUCUGCAGCUGAAGCCGUACCACAAACCCCUGCAGCACCUGCGUAUCUGGAGUGAGAUCGUGACUGAUCUGACUGCCCUGGACCCGCAGAGAGAGAACCCUCAGCUCUUCCUGCGGAGGGAUGUACGACUGCCCCUCGACAUCGAGAAGAAGGUUGAUGACCCGUUGUCCAUUCUCAUACUGUUUGAUGAAGCUCGUUACUGCCUGCUGAAGGGCUUCUUCCCAGCGUCAGAGAGCAAACUCAUCACUCUGGCCGGACUCUUACUGCAGAUCAUCUACGGCAGCUACGACAGCAAGAAACAUAAACAGGGCUUUCUCAAUGAGGAAAAUCUGAAAUCUAUCAUUCCCAUAUCCAAAGUGAAGAGCAAAGCACAUCAGUGGACCAAUAAGUUACUUCAUGAAUAUAAGAGUCUGAGCACCAAUGAAGCAGUGAGUAAAGAGAUGCACCAUCUUCAGAGGCUCUUCCUCCAGCACUGCUGGGACAUCCCCACCUACGGCGCCGCCUUCUUCACCGGACAGAUAUUCACCAAAGCCAGCUCCAGCACUCACAAAGUCAUCCGCGUCUACGUGGGCAUCAACGCCAAGGGCCUGCACUUAAUGAACAUGGAAACCAAGGCUCUUUAUCUGAGCUUUGAGUAUGGAUCCUUCAUGUGGCAGCUGGGACAAGCCGACCAGUACGUUCAGAUUCACAGCCUGCGGGACAAAAAGAACUUUGUUGUGCACACCAAACAGGCUGGUCUCAUCGUUAAGCUUCUGAUGAAGUUGAGUGGACAGAUAACACCAAAUGACAGAGGUCCAUCAGACAAAUAUGCGUAUGGCUAAAUAACAGCAUCA